AUGAAUAGUGCUACUAUGCAACAAUUCAAUGGCUUUGAAAAACUACAUGUUACUGGACCUUUUGAUAUUGAACCAGAAACUCAAAUCGUUUACAGUAUAGAUGGCGAUAUUGAGCAAAGUUCUAUAGUAACAAUACGUCGAAUGCCAGAAUCGAUGCGACCAAGAGAGAACCCUUUAAUCGAACCUCUAGCAAACAAUUUAACCGUGAUAUUACCCGAUUCAUCGGCAUUUGUUCAAUUCAAGCUCAUGAAAAUACUAAAACCUCAAUCAGAUAUCAAUCAACAUAUUCCAGAAACAAGUAUUUGUGACGUCACCACAAUUAAUUUGGAUAAAACUUUGGUCGAAAUGCAACAGCGGACACAUAAUUCAAACAUUGAUUAUCCUGCCAUAAAUAUCAACGUAGCUAAUGACAAUGAGCAACAAUGGUAG